AUGUCGCUAGACGAAGACAGCCUCGAGACUAAAGUGGAGCUCGUCCGCCCCCUACUGUUGCUGCACCACAAGCCAAAAACUCCGUGCCUCAGCUGGUCCUCCCUUGAUAUUUUGGGUCUGAUCAGAGCGGCAAUUGAGUGGGACUUCAAGGACAGCGACCUCGAUGCUCUGGUGGGGUCCAGCAUCUCACAACCCCAGAUGAAGAAUCGACCAGCUGAAUCUCUAGGAUUGGAUUUCAAGAAAUUGCAGGAGGAUCCAAUAAAGCUCUCAUCGUCGAGAAGGAUUAAUGGCGGUAACAAUGAAAGUGAUCAUCUGAAAGUUCUAUGCUUGGUCGACGGUUGCAGGGCGGACCUUAGCCGUUGUCGGGAAUAUCAUCGGCGGCACAGAGUCUGCGAGCUCCGGUCCAAGACCCCUGUUGUCGUCGUCAAGGGAGAACAUAAACGAUUCUGCCAGCAGUGCAGCAGAGUCCAUUCUCUGGUGGAGUUUGACGAGGGGAAGAGGAGCUGCAGAAAACGUCUCAAUGGACACAACCAGCGCCGGCAGGACACCCAAAAGCGUUUCAUCCCCUUCUUCCUCCUCGGCCUCUGCCGCCUCCACGACUUCGUCCUCCAGCGGCUCCUCGUCGUCAAAUAACUACUUCGGCGCCGC